AUGGUAAUAGCAGUUGGUGCAGAUUUUUCGCGAAUCGUCAAGGAUGGCUCGGUUGAUACUCGUUUGAGAGUCCGGGCAACCAGCGGUCAGUGUUGGCCGUGGUUGUGUGGUGAUUCUCUACCUCGCCCGCGUCCUGCUGCGGUCCCAAGCUCGUUUGAGACUGCGUCUGUUUUGCCAAACGAUGCCCCCACGGUGUAUCCGUGGAAAAAUGCUUCGACCCUUAUUCGAAGUGUUCGCGCUUUCACAGCCUUCAUCCAACAGUUAGAUGACCGUCAACUGCUGCCGUCUUUUUCUACCCGAAGCGUGUUCCCAGUCGAGACAACGCUGUUGCAUCCUUCUUCGAACCUUUCCGUCGUUUCGUCCUCUCCGUUACAUCCUUUACGUGACGACUCUUUUGAACCAAUGGUAUAUGACAAUAAUUAUACGACCUUGAUGACCAACAAAACCGAUACAGCUCCUAGACUACAGUUUUGCGAUCGUUUCAGCGGUGCAUGGCAGCAGGCCUGCCACACCGUCCACGAUACAGUGAAGACAUUUUUUUUUCCCUAUGACGCUAUAGACUCAACACAUCUACCUAAUUCUUCAAUGCACCCGCCUGUUUCGCUUUCUUCGGAUACUCACCAACGAAAGCUACCACUGCCACACAACGAGUCCGAAUCUACCGUCGCACCCAAAACAAUACCCUCUGCAAAUGCAGCUGCAGUCCUCUCCGGCGACUCGCAGGAUGCAGGGAGCUGUCGAAAUCCCAAACAAGUCCGCGGUAGCUGUAUGGCUAUCGUGAUCGGCUUGGUAAUGGGAAUCAUAUGGUUUUGA